AUGACUGCUACUCGCAGGCGUAGUAAGAAGCACCGUGACACGGCCCUAACGAAAGCGCGCAAAUGUAAGAAAAAGGAGGCAGACCAAUGUGCAAUCGAGUUGCUUGACAUAACCCGUGACUUCAAAAAGGACUGGUCGACGGACACGCGCGGGAGGCCAGUCAAAGCACCUAUCAAAGACUCUCAUCAAAUAUCAGCGGCGCUGCUGCACGAGCGGGGAGAGAAGGUUUCCGAGGCUGACUCCUGUUCACGCUGCAGACGUGGUAAAGGCGUGUGGCAGUCGUGCGUGGUGGCGCCGAUUUACAAAAAUCAAGCACUUUAUACUCAUGCAUGCUCGAAUUGUAUUCAUUACAAGCGCCCUUCCGAGUGCUCUUUGCGCGUGAACUUUGAGGCAAACGGAGGAAGCGCCUGGGUUGAUGAUCCUGAGAAAACGAAGACGAGGGGAAUCGUUCGGCGCGGCGGGCUGUUUGCCGUCAUCAAGCAGGAAGAACUCCUACGGAUUCAACGAGAAAGGAAACUUCAGAAGGAACUCGGACGAAUUCAACGAGAGCUGGAACGUCUGGAAGAACUCGAACGGAUCAAACGAGAACGGGAACGUCAGGAAGCACUCGAACGGGUUCAACGAGAACGGGAACGUCAGGAAGCACUCGAGCGGGUUCAACGAGAACGUGAACGUCAGCGUGAACGCGAAGCCGAGUCGGAAGCCCUGCCUCGUAAAGGACGACGAACCAAAGUAUCAGUCGUGGUACAGUCAUCUCCUCGUGCCACCAAGCAGUCCUCUUGUGUGAAGAUAGAAGACCGAACGCUGCGAGGGCCCACCGAGCCUCUCAAGGAAAGGGACCUCUUGCGCGUGGGAGAGUUAUCUGUAAAGACUGAGGACUUGCUUUUCGGGCUCCGUGCCCGCAAAGAGGUGUUGGAGCGGCGCCUCAGACGCCAAGAUAACUUGCGAGUAAAGGAUGAAGACGACUCAUCGGUGUUGUCGGAUUCACCGAGCGAUUCGGACACCUCGGUCUCUUCGGACUCCUCCAAACCUUCGCACCAUUCGGAGAGUUCAGAGACUUCGGUUAUGUCGUACAUGACGGACACUUCGUCGACUUGCGCGUCCUCGGGAGAUGAGGGCUCUGAUUCGGACGCGUAG